CUGAAUUGCUUACGAUAAAAGUUAGGAUGAUUUCUUCGUUCGUAAACUUAAUGAUAAUACGUUAACGACUUCAUCUUCAAGAAAAUUAUAACCAAACCCUACAGUAAUUAUACUUCAUACUCGUACUUCUUUGUCUCUGUUCUACCUAACGCACUCAUUAACUCGUGCUUUGUCAGUGCACUUCACCUUUUUUAUAACGAAACAAUUCCCCAUAAUUCAACAAAAACACGCACAAAAAUAUAAAAACUUACAAUGUAAUUGCUACUAGCGUUUUUCCGCGUUCAGAAAUUACAUUUAUCAUACAGAUUUCAUAUUGAGCUUCUUGUUCCACAAAGACCACACUGUGACCUACCUAUUACAGAGCCAAAUCGCUCCAUCCACAAGGCAGCCAUGGAAUUCAUUAUACAGGAUGAGGAUGGAAAUCGAUUAUCACCAGAAACAGUCCGUGCGCCUACACCACAACGUCUAAAAUCAUCUAUUACGGAACCCAGUCAGAUGAACAGUUUUUUGAGUGCUAAAAGUCAUACAAGUCAGCGGAGGGGCCAUCAUCAUAAGCAUUCUCUCUCACAUCAGUUUUUCCUUCCUCCCAAGAACAGACAGCCUCUAGAGCUUCCUACAGCCUAUCCAAUUCCAACAUGGAAAGAGUUGUGGCUUUCAAUGGGUGUGCAAAACCAAAUCAAAGCAGGUUCAUCCCUUUUAUUUUUUGCAUUGGCCUUAGGUGUAUUCAUGUCAGGUGAAGCAACUGUGUUAUUGGCCUUAUCAUUUUCUUUGAUGUUUGAAGGUGUCCUUGUGCUUACAAAAUCCGUGCGAAAGUCUAUGGAUUCAUUCGUUGUAUGGCGAGGAACCUGUCUCCGGUACCCUUUCGGCUUACAACAACUUGAGCUUCUGCUCGACUUUUCAUUAUCUGUAAUUCUUUUAUUUUUGGGCCUUAAUCUUCUUAAGGAACCCGCAGAACAUGCUAUUGAAGAAUGGGGAAACAUGGACCCCGGGGCUGAUGAGAAACCACACAUUCAUUUAACUCUUUCUCUCAUACUUUCCGUAAUCGUUUCGGGACUCUCCAUGCUGGGGAAACAACCUCGGUCUCAUGUUCGCAUGCUAAACCACCGCUUUUUCCAUGGACUCACUUUCGUGCCUGCUGUGAUCCUCAUGGUCCUCCUCCUCCUUGGUAUUCCAGUGGGCUCUGUUGCUAGUCACAUCUUUGCUCUUUCCAUUGCUGUCACUGCGGUUGUCGUCGGUUUCUCCAUUGCAAAACGUCUGGGCAUAAUGCUCCUGCAGACUUACCCAAGCUCGGAGAGCCUUACGGAAUGCAUUGAGUUGAUUCGGAAAGAUGCUCGUAUUUCAAACGUUGAUUCAGUUUCUAUAUGGCAGCCUCAUUACAACACCUGCAUCGCAAAUUUCUCUCUUUCCUUAUCCAUGGGUGAGCGAGGACAAGCCACAAUUCGCAGUGAUGUGACUCGUAUCGUUCAACAGACGCUAGGCACCUUUUACGGAGCUGGUUUACAGCCUAAAUGGGAGGUCACCGUACAGAUCAAGAACAUUUCACCUAGCGACCGGUUGUACCUUGGUGCAUAGCUUUUGUGGUAUGUUACUUGAUUGAACAUAACUUGUGUGUUCCGCUGGUCACGCGUGAUGACUUUAUUAUUUAUCUAAAUGUAUUCUUCACAAGCAAUAUAACACAUGCAUACCGAUAACUUCUACAGCAUCUCUAUAACUUAAACUUAGCCUGUCCACGUUUUCCUCUAUCUUACGGCGAUCCAAACUUUAGUGAACAGAUGUGUCUAUAAGAAAAAGAAAAAAGUCUAUCUAUAUCUAUACAAAAAAAGAGUGAACAUUUGAGAUCUAAAUUGAUGAAUAAAACAUUUAUCAAUUGAGUCUGUAAGACACCCCGUUAAUCGUUCUAUUUCUUAAACUCGGCACCCAUAGUAGUAGUACACACGUUAUCCUUGUAAUAGCCUGCUAAGCACGCUCCAGGGCAAGUGUCCAACGGCACGGGUGGCUUCAAAUAGAAAAACGGGCGUUAUAACAUUCUCAUUCAUAAAUAUAUUAUUAACAUCAACAAUGAAAAGCAGAUAAACAAACUAUGCAUUGUCGUUCCAUUGGGAAAGCACAUUCCAAUCAUCGACAAAGCCGGAGUUGGAAGGCA